AUGGCUAGUGUUAAUAUGACUUUACUUGAUGCGCUUUUUUUAGAGAUAGAAGUGUUUGCUUUAUCGAGUCUUCUGGAAUUGGAAGACAAUUUAUCUUCACCGGAUUUUCUAAGAAAUUUUUGUAAAAAUACACAGAGCAGGGGUUCUCAAACUUUAUAUUCCGCGUAUUACUUAAAUAUCUGCAUAAACAGUUACGGAUUCUCAAUUGUCACAAAUACAGUGGUUUUGCGGUUCUUCGAAGCUAUUAAAAAGAACGAGAUAGACAAAGUUAGGGAAUUGUUGAAGAGUAAGACCGUUGAAGUAGAUGCAAAGGACCCAACUUCUCACGAUCAUAGUACUCUCCAGAUUGCUGCGAAGGAAGGCCACAACGAUUUGGCAAGAAUUCUUGUGGACGAAUUCGAUGCUCCUGUUGUUAAUGUUCAGAACGGAUAUGGAAAAAUUCCUCUGCAGGUAGCAACCGACUUAGACAUACCAAAAGUAGUCAAAGAACGAAAAGUUGACAUCGAUUCCGUUGACAAGAGUAACCAUCGAAGAACAGUUUUACACGUUGCUGCCACUAAUGGAUACGAAGAAUUGGUCCAUAUUUUAGUCGAUAAAUUGCACGUCAACAUUCAGCGUAAUGAUAACUUUGGAGAUACAGCUAAGCACAUGGCUACAGACAGUGAUUGUCUUGAAAUUGCGAAAUUUUUUAUCGAAAGGGGUUACAAUGAUCGCUAUUAA